AUGAAGAUUCAAGGCUUCGUUGCAAGCGCGUUUCUCCUGUUUCUGUCGGUGACCAGUGUCUUCGCCGCACCGGCCGACCCAAAUUCCCUCGAAGGCAUGUGUCACGCUGUUAAAAACACAACAGUCACUAACCUAUACAGUUCGGACUUCCCAUUGCAAUCGAAAGGAUUGGAAUUGCAAGAACUGGGAUUGGAACAAGUGCGUUUGCAACGACAAGCAGGUGUGCCACAAGGAUCCCAAGUGCAACAACUGGGAUUGGAAAAAUGUGUCUGCAACGACAAGCCCUGCCAGAAGGAUCCCAAGUGUAAGGACUGGGAUUGGAAAAAAUGUGUCUGCAAUGACAAGCCCUGCCACAGGGAUCCGAAGUGCAAGGACUGGGACUGGAAGAAGUGCGUUUGCAACGACAAGCAUUGUGAUAGAAAGGAUUGGAAGUGUAAGGAUUGGGAUUGGAACAAGUGCAUUUGCAAAGAUAAGCAUUGUGAUCGAAAAGAUUGGAAGUGCAAGGACUGGGACUGGAACAAGUGCGUUUGCAACGACAAGCAGGUGUGCCACAAGGAUCCCAAGUGCAACAACUGGGAUUGGCAAAAAUGCGUCUGCAACGACAAGCCCUGCCACAGGGAUCCCAAGUGUAAGGAUUGGGAUUGGAACAAGUGCAUUUGCAAAGAUAAGCAUUGUGAUCGAAAGGAUUGGAAGUGCAAGGACUGGGAUUGGAACAAGUGCAUCUGCAACGACAAGCCCUGCCAGAAGGAUCCCAAGUGUAAGGACUGGGAUUGGAAAAAAUGUGUCUGCAACGACAAGCCCUGUCAGAAGGAUCCCAAGUGCAAGGACUGGGACUGGAACAAGUGCGUCUGCAACGACAAGCCCUGCCAGAAGGAUCCCAAGUGCAAGGACUGGGACUGGAACAAGUGCAUCUGCAACGACAAGCCCUGUCAGAAGGAUCCCAAGUGCAAGGACUGGGACUGGAACAAGUGCGUCUGCAACGACAAGCCCUGCCAGAAGGAUCCCAAGUGCAAGGACUGGGACUGGAACAAGUGCAUCUGCAACGACAAGCCCUGUCAGAAGGAUCCCAAGUGCAAGGACUGGGACUGGAACAAGUGCAUCUGCAACGACAAGCCCUGUCAGAAGGAUCCCAAGUGUAAGGACUGGGACUGGAACAAGUGCAUCUGCAACGACAAGCCCUGCCAGAAGGAUCCCAAGUGCAAGGACUGGGACUGGAACAAGUGCAUCUGCAACGACAAGCCCUGUCAGAAGGAUCCCAAGUGCAAGGACUGGGACUGGAACAAGUGCAUCUGCAACGACAAGCCCUGUCAGAAGGAUCCUAAGUGUAACAAUUGGGAUUGGAACAAAUGCGUCUGCAACGAUAAGCACUGA